UGUUGUGUUUGCUUUUAAGAUUUUCGUGUUUGGUGCGAUUGAACCUCACCAACGAGCUAAUGCUGAGCGCUCGUAAAUGCACGAGAAAGCUGAGACUCGCAGUUCAGUGUCAGAAAAUGGAUUCCUCCCGAAUGAUGAACUUUCGAAGUCAACGGAACCCUUUUCCUGGGCGGAUAAAAUGGUUCACUUAUGUUUUGAAAAAUUGAAUCAGCCUGCGGUGCCCAUGGCAAAUGAUCCCUUAGCAUUUAAUGAGAGCCAUGAAGUUCCGCAUCGAAUCGUUGGACCACGGAAACGGACUCGCUUUUUCGAUUUUAUCAAGGACGAAUGCACCGAAGCCCUACCGGAAAUUCUGCAGCGCCUUGUGGAAGAGGAAAAUCUUUGCACUCUGAUCGUCAAUUUAUAUGCAGGAGAGCGAGGGUACGGCGUCGGGAUACAAGCCCCGAAUGGAGAAGAAAUUGAAGCCUUAUCCCUCAAUUAUGACGAACACGAGCUUCUCGACUGUAUCGAUCAGGAGGAGAUCCCCUAUAUGCUUUACGAUUUACUCGAGCCACUGGAAAAUUUAUUUUGUGCUGGUCGCAUAGUCUGUCAAGUUAGAGACUACCGGGACGAACUGAAGACGGUCCGAUGGGUACUGUUGCAGCCGACAUGCAUGACUAUGGCCAUGGACGUAAGAAUGCUGACGGCAAACACGGAUAUGACCGAAGAUCAAAGAGCUCAACUGGAGAGUGAAAUUAUCAUGGCACAAAGUGAACCGCUUUAUUUGGAGCCCGUUGUGAAGCGAGAUAAGCAACGGGGUCAGGAAAGUCUUACACCAAUGGAUUUCAUCCGCAGAGAUCGUUUGUACAGGAAAAUGUGCAAGGAAAUGUCGUACGCUGCUCAAAUUCGCCUCCGGAAAUUUCUCGAACACGAAGACGCUUAUCCUCAUCGGCCCUUGACAAAAAGAAUAUUGGACGCGAAGGCGAAAUGCGUUUCGAAAAAGAAAAGGAAAGUUAGUGCUAAUACUUUACAAGAGCUGGUUGCUGUUCAAGCGAAACUAUUCCCCGCUCCUGCUGUUGUUCAGCUGCCGGAAACCAAAGACGCUGUUUCGACGACAGACAAAACCUACUUCACUGAAGACGUGAAGGAGCGUUCGAAGAAGGGUGGUGAACACCGACCGGCGCCUGUUGAGGUAGAUCCUGAUUUUUCGCUGCGAAACAUCGAAGAAUACCUUUUGGAGCCUGAGCCGGCGGGAUGCAGAAUCGAAUCUCGAUGGUUUUCGGACCCAAUUACGAUUGGUGGUAGAGAACCAGGUUCUGGGCGCGUUGUCAUUCGUUUGGUCGUCAAACGGAGGAUCGCUGACGAAGUUUAUUUUGUUGAAAUGACCACGAACACCAAUUUGCCGACAGGAUGGGCGACGACCAAAACGGAGUUGAGAUUUGCAACCCGUGAUGAGCUCAAUCGUCACCUGGUGGAAUUCGGCGACGUUUUUACGGAUAAAGGGAGAAAGUCUGUGAAGAUCGCAGUCGUGGAUACGAACGGGAAAGUCAAGAUUUCUUUGUCCUCGGCGGCCAAGUACAGGGUACACGAGGUCUCUGCCCAAGAACAGCUGGCCUUGCGACAACAGCAGCAGCAAAUGCAAGUGGCCCAACAAACAAUGCAAGUUCUUAUCCCAGAUUCUUCGAAAGAGCAAAUACCAUUGGGCAUUAAGACGGCUGCUCGUGGAACGCGAUCUGUUUCGUCUGAAGCGCCGAGUGGGGCUCUUUAUUCCUCAUCUGGACUGACGGUGCUUACUGCAGUGAACAACGUUUCUCACCAAGCAGUUGGGGAUUCAAGUCAAGGGAUAGGGAAGAAAGCGACGACAGUUUCAAUUCCGAUCGGUCACCCGUCCUUGAGUAGUUUGCUGUCCAGUGCACCUGCUGGAACCCAGGUUUUACAAAUAACACGAGGGAAAAACUCUUCUACAGCUUCCGGCGCCACCGUCAUUUCAUCAGCAAAUCUGGCCAGCAUCGUCUCUGGUGCUGGAGGAACGGAAGGUAUUCGUGUCCAUCAGACGCCCAUCAGCCAGUCAUCGGCCCUGUUGUCGUCGCUGCAGGCCCCAGCCAAAUCCGUGGGUACAAACGCCGGAACGUCAACGAACAUCGUGAUCAACGCGCAGACGCAGCAGUCGACCCUGUCUACCUUGUUGGCAAAGAAUCCGACGGCCACCAGUGUGGCAGUGGUGUCGUGCGUGCCGUCGGGAGCGACGGUGCAGCAUGUGACCAUGAGCACUGCGCAGUUACUAUCUUCCAAGGUACGGCCGAAGCACCAGACGCAGCAGGGCAUAACUGGCGGUGCUGUUUUGCAGCGCGGCGCCACAUUGAGUGUCAGCGGAAGUGGGACGCAGACCUUCAGUUUGCAGACGAGUUCCACGGGCCAGCAUAUUGUUUUCAACAAGGUACCGACAAUCGUCUCGAGUUCCUCGUCUGUAUUGUCGAAGGCACUUGCCGGAAGUGUUUCCUCGGUGGUCCCUCAAGUCAUUCGAUCUCAGGCCUUGGCGUCAUCUGGAUCCUUACCAUCGUAUACACAAGCUAUUGCUCAAGUUGGAACUUCCAGGCCGAGUGGAAUCGCGUCUGGGCAACAACCGACUAUUGCGAUCCGAAUCGCGCCCCAGCAAGGCAAUCAACAGCAUCAGCUUGUUCAGCAAAUUAUUGCGGCGCAUCCGCAACCAUCAACGUCCGUCCUGCAACAGAAGUUGACUGAGGCGCCUUCACCGCGUCGGAACGCCGCCGACUUGCCAGCUUCUAAUCCUAGUCUUACUGCUCUUUUGGCAGGAACGCCGUGUGCUGAAAAUCCGCGACCGCCGACAGGAAGUAACAACAUACCUGUGGCAGUGGUGUCUCCGACGGUGCAAGGCAGUCCGGUGGCGGUGAUCCAGUCGUCGCCCCAACGGCAGCACUUGCAGACGUCGUCGCCGCAAGUGACCCACGAAGUCCCGAUGAAUGCUUCAACGUUGACUCUCAAAAGCCACACGCCCGUCAAUUUCAACGUGAUCUCUGGCGUUUCCGCUUUGCAGAAUAUGUCUUUAUCAAAUGGGAUGCCAGUGUCAGGAUUUCCAGUGACCCUGAAUAUCGGUGGAUCGACGAGCGGAGGGAUGAUUGCCGUGCCAAUUCAGGCCAGUGACGGUGGGACGGCCAACGUCAUUUUGGACGCGUCAGGAAAUGCUUCCAUUGGCAACUUCGUUUCCGUGGCUUCUGUUGCGGGGCUGCAGCAGUCUUCCGGUUCAGCCCUCAUCACCGGAAUCGGUGGACGUCAGUCGCUGGUUCCUCUGUCGAUACAAAGAUCUGGAGAUAAACCGUUGACUGCACAAGUGCUCACGUCGACGUCGAUCCCGUGCGGAGUGGCGAGAGGAAACGGACCGAACACGAUUUCUUUACUGCAGCGGGAUGCGGUGAGUGGGGGUUUCGCAGGUCACCAGACGAUUCAAAUGCGAGCCCACGCCCAGCAGCGCGGCAUUGGCUUGAGCGGAAGUCCCACGCUAACGACCCAACUCGGUCACCACUCGGUCAGCCGCAUGUCGUCGCCGUCCAAUCCGCCCACGCAAGGUUUGUUUCUUCCCAAGCUUCGACCGAUCGACUGUUUUUCUCUUUACUGGAUUGAGAAGCGAUGCAGUACAAUCUUCAGUGUCAGACCUCCGCCGGACAUCAUCGACAAACGCAGUGAGGCAGCCGAGUUUGAAGAAGGGAAAUGGAACGUUGUUUUUUUCCCCCUGUUUGUUCCCCCGUUUCUUUUCUCCUGUGGUUCAGUGAUUUAAAUCACUCGGAACAGGCGCGAGAAAAUGUGAUGUGAGUCGGAAUCGGUGGUAAAUGUUUCGAUGGUGAACGAGUGAUGACGCUUCGAGUAGUGGUGAUCUCGCCGAGUGUUUGGUUGUCGGACUUGCUCAAUAUGUGAGUUCAUGAUUUGUGUCCGCGUCUAUUGUUUAAUAUUCCAACUUUUUUUUUUUUAAACAGCCCCUCCUCCGCCUUUCCCUCCCCUGUUCUUUUUUUUUCGGAUGAUUGUUCGGGUUACCAAUUGCGAAGAGGCUUAUUACCUGUCGAGCCUGUUUGUUGGAUUUUUAUGUGAAAUCUCUAUUGUACGAGCAAUGAAGUAAUCUGCGGCGUAUAAACAGCGCUCUCCGCGAUUUUCAGGAGAA